UAUGUGUGUGUGCGUGUGCAGGUAGGAGAUCACACUCCAGUUUCCGCUAAAGCAUUAAAUAUACAGCGACUAGAGAUGUGCGUGUAUGCAUGAGUGCUCGAGCACGCGUGUGUGCGCGUGCGUGUGUAUGUGUGAGUAGGUGUGUAUGACCGUAGUGUUUGGACUCUGCGUGCGCAGUCGGCUUCACGCGCGCGUAGCCAACAGCAGCUCGCCGUAUCGAUAUCUGGCACAAAAACACAAAGGCGGAUUAAAAUGGACUCCUCUGCGUGUUGUGUUUCUCCCGAAGGCUGCUUUGUGCUCGAAGCUCGUGCUGGACCGAUGCGGUAAAAGCGCUCGAGGCCGGCGGGGGAGAGAGAGAGAGCAGCGCGAGCCGCUAUGACACGAGAGAGCUGAGCAGAGAGGAGAAGACAUGAAACACAGCAGCUCGUUGUUGAUCAGGCACGCCCUGGGGAGGCAGAGCACUACCAUGGUGCUUCUGCUGAUGCUCCCUCUGCUUCUUGUUCUUGUCCAGCCUACUACAAGCCAAGUUUAUGUAAACUCUUCAUCAUAUGAUGGCAAUGCUAGAGCUUCCACUUCAAAACAGACUGAUCAGACACAGCCAAGCGUGGGGUCUUCUCAGCCCACAGGCCGGACUGAUGUGCCUUUCAUAAAUGAUGGUCAAGAAAUGAGUAGAGAAGCUGAGAGAGAAUCACUGAUGGACAAAAAUGUUUCUGUUGAAGUAUCUAAGCAAGGAGAUGGUGUGUUAAAUGGGCAUCCAGAGGAACAAACCAUUAGAAAUCAUAUAGGGGAAACAUCAACGCACCCUUUAAAUGUGGACAUAAAGGUUGAACUCACUAGCCAUUUGAUAUCCCCCAACACCAGAGCCAAAAGUGGGCUCACUCAGACUCAGCCCACAGUAAGGCUUAUUACUACAGCAUCCGCACAACAUGUAGAAGGCCGAUCUUUAAAGACCACAGCUGAAACCCCUUCCGUUGAUGAAGGCUCUGGUCACAUCCUGCUCCAGACAGCAGGGACAGAGCCAGUGACCGAAGAACUAAUUAGUGAAUUGAGUGAGGAGGACUGGUCAACUUCAGAUGUAUUAAUCCCCACUGUGGUUAGCUUAACUGAGUCGUCAGUUGAGACUGUGGAAAGAGACAGUGCUGAGCGUGCCCAGUACAGGCCCCAAGCUCAAACAGCCUACAGUAUUCUGACCACUGUUUCUAAUGCUCCAAAACACCCUAGUGUCAGCUUAGAGCUCCAGCCCAAACACUCCAGUACUACACUGGUCAAAGAGAGACCUGCGACAACGUCAGCUCCAAAUAUGGUGAACCGAAACAUGACAGUCAGUCUAGCUGAUGAAGAGAGAGGAGCUAAGACAAGCAGUACAAUUCCAACAGGACACCAGUCCAAAGGAGCUUCACACCCUCCAACACAUUCACCAUCACCCAGUGAAAGUCCCCCUUUCAACACAAGCACCAAAAGCCUACUGCUGAGGACUCUGCCACCACAGGACGCUCCAGCAAGUUCCACCAAUCCGCAGCCAAGAAACACAACAAAGCCAACAAAAGCAGCAACAGCAUCCAGUAAGCAGCCAACAGAGGAAGAAUCUAGCCCAACCACUCCACAAGGAUCAGAGACCAAAAUCUUCAAAAGCUUACCCUCUGCAAGCACAACAAAUCAACAAAACCUGACAGAUACAACCAAUUCUCAGAGCACAUCUCUUCCCAUCCCGAAGGGACGUGGACGUUUGGUACCAUUUGAGAAUGAUGCAAGAUACGUAGAAAAGGACUUGUCAAUCUCCCUGGGCAGCGUCCCUUCAGCUAAACCAGGUCCAAUCCCUUCAACCACCUAUAUUUUUAAGGACCGCUGUGACCCUGCUUUGGGCCCCUGUGGUUCCUCUCCUAAAGAUCCAAAUGUGCACAGUGAACUUGGUACCGCAAAUGGGAGUUUGUUGGUGUGGGCAGAUCUUAGUCGCACAUUGUCCUUUGCCUGGGAGCUCCAUGUUUUUGGCUCUGCUGCCCUCUUCCUGCUCCUCACUGCUGGCUCUGCCUUGGGUUUAGCCCUGGCUCCCAGCAUGCACUGCCCUCAUCGUGGGGCACUAGCCCUGGCUAAUGGACUAUUGCUUCUGGCAGGUGCAAUUCGAGCUGUCUACUUCCUGCUCGAUCCCUAUGGCUCCCGUCUACUUUUGCCAUUGCCUGUCGUCACUACCCUGUACACGUUGCCUCUGCCUCUCUUAAUAUGGGUGCAGGCUGCAAUGGUAAUGUUGGUUCUUAUAGGGGCUGAGGUAGCGCUGCUGCCUCCCUCUGUUCAGCGUCCACCUCUUCUGGGCGUGCUAGCUGUCCUACAGUGUACACUACUGCUGGCUGCUGACCUGCUGUCUCCUGCACUAUCACCUGCUGUACCUGUGGUCCUACAGAGCCUUACCUUGACUGCAGGGUUGGUGUUAUGCCUGGGGUACCUCUGCCUGGUGCUGCCACGUCUCUCGGGCCCCCAGGUAGGGCGAGUUGGAGAUAAAGGCCUGAGUGGGCCGAAGUUGAGGGUACUAGCACGUGUGUUGGCAGUUUGUGCUCUACUCGGGGCAUUAUGCUGCUUGUUGCAUGCUUACACCUGCCUGUGGCUAUAUGGUCUACUAGGGGACUGGCGGCACUUCCGCUGGACCUGGUGGCUGUGCCAGUUCUGGGCACGGCUGCUGGAACUUGGAUGGGCGUUCUGUCUGCUGCUACUGGCCUCCUGGGUCUUCUGGAGACCUCGAAGGGUACAGACUCGGAGAGCUUCAGGGCAGGUGGGGACUGCUGCAGGGGACCUCCCUUCUCCCGGCCAAUCCUCCAGUUCUUCCCACACACACACUUGCUGGGCAAAGAUUGUGCAGAGCUUGAAGGGCCGGCCGCAUAGAAAAUCAGACAGCAAUGGAGUGGGAGGAGCAAAUGGCGGAGGAGUGUCAGGAGAGCUGCCAAACAAUUGGGCUGGGCAGGAACGUUCAGGAGCAGAUAUCAGCAAGAGCCUCAUAAGAAACCGAGACCCGCCCAAAGAAAGCAACCGCGGACGCAACCAGAGAAGUGUUGCUGAGAGCUCAGCUGGGUCGUUGCUGAGGUUGCAGGCACUUGGUCAGCCACGGCAGUGCUCGUUGAGUGGCAGCCUGGACCAGGACAAAGAGUCGGCCAUCUCACUUUACGACUUCGAUCUGCGUCCUCCGUCCCCAAUUGACCUGAGCCGCAGCAUCGAUGAAGCAUUGCACCGGGAGCAUCUGCUGAGGGGUGGCAGUCUGUUCCGCCCACUGGGACAGCCAUCACCACCUCCAUCUCCCAUGCCUUGGAUGCGUAGGAACAGCGACCCUCAAAUCACACUCUCAGAAAGCAGUGACGAGCACACCCUGCUGACUGAGUCCUCUGCAGCCCUGGACCGGUCCAUCCCUAGUGCCGUGCCCAGUCGGCAGGUCACGGCUCCUCCUACGCCCACCCAUCAGGGCCCACGCUGGCCAUCUGAAGUUCCCGUGCCUUCUUCCAUGUCCUGCCCCGUCUCUCUGCACCCCUCCCCUAGUGCAGGCCGAGCCACAACCCCCAGCACAGAUGACACCAGACCGUUCCUCACCCCUGAACUGGAAAGAGGGUCACAGCCUGACAGCAGAGGGGGAAGGAACUACCUGAAAGUCAGUCGCCAGGAUGACUCAGCCAGUGUCAGUAGUGACAUAAUUGACCUUUGAACUGGUUUGAACUGGUCAAACAUCAGUGACCCUAGUAACUACCACCUCACAUAACCUAAAAGAUAAGGCUGAGAUUAAAGUCAUUUACCAGAUAACCAGAACCAUGAGCCAGAGAGACCUAAAGUGAAAGUCAGAUAGGACACUAAGAUCAGAUUUACACAAUAAGUUACUCUGAAUUACUCUGUAUGGGUUAGUUGGCUCAUUUCGAAGGUUUGUUCACAUAGGAUGCCCUGUUCCAUCUUGCAUAUAUUCAUCCCCCCAUGAGGUGAAGGUUUCAGAGCAAUGUGAAAGAAAAAAAUAUGAGAAAAUGUUGGAUUAGAGAAGAGAUAUUGGACGUUGGAGAGAUUUUUGGAAAAGAUCUAACAAAGAAGAGAUUCGGAAUGUCUGAACAAGCAGGAAGUGUUUGCACAAUCUAAUCAAAUGCUUAUUUGCAAAUGGUAGCACAUGUUUUUUGGAAAUGUUGCUGUUUUAUAAAGACUGUUUUGGAAAGUCUUUUUUGAAAAGAACUGAAACUUUAGACAGGGAUGUUUACAUAUUUCUACACAUGAGAGGGUGAGAAAUCUUUGCAAGGUUAUACCACCAUAAGUGGUGCCUACAUUGAACAAAAAGAUGAUUGGUUUCAUGCCCAAAGCAUAUAUUUACAGAGGUUAUGGUGCUUUUAUAGUACAUAAGCAAGCACAACCUCUUAUUUUUUAGUUUCAGUCUUACAUGACAUAACAUGACACGAACAGGAAAAUUGUGACACGGUCAAAAAAGUCAAAUAAAAGAUUGUAGGGAUGUAGAAAAUAGGCAAAAGGUGAUGAUGGAUGUCUUCGAGGCAGGGUUGGGUAGUGAUGGAAUACAACAAUGUAUUUCAUUAUCAAGAUACAAAAACAAAAGUAACUGUAUUCCAUUACGGUUACAGUAAAUAGACACCAGUAUGAAACCUUAUGAACCAGUACAGAGCUUUAAGCAGAUAGAACACAAAUAGCGGCCAGUCAGGGUUAUUAGAAUGGCUUCUAUUUAUGAUUAUUGUUGAUGAAGGGUCUUGAGAUGAUUUAUACCAGAUCUUUUGACUUGAUAUGGUACGCAACAGGUUUUUAACAACUGCAUGUUGGACUCUAAACUGGAUCAUUCUACAGUGAUUACUUAUUUGUAUUUUAGUCACAGAGCUUUAUCAAUCCCCUGCUAAAAUCACUCAGCCUUUUUUCUAGGGAGCUCUCCCUUAAUUAUACUAUACAAAUAUGACAUCUUUAUGUCUAAAAUAUUUUCAUAUAUUGCUCCACUUAGAUUUGGCUGCUUCUGUUUCAUUAAACAGUGCAGUUCUCCUGUCAAAUUCUUGUUAAAAAUCUUGUUGAAAUCAUUUUUCUCUGUUGUCUUUAUUUAAUUAUAUGACUUUAGAAAGACAAGAAAUCCCAAAGUAACGGAAAGUGUUCAGACUUUAAUUAACCUUCCCAACCCUGUGUCACGGUGUUGAUUUGUUUUGAACAGAGAAUGUAGCUCUGAAGAACUUUUAUUAAGGAUGUUUCGGUUAUAUUUUUUGGAACUAUUGCAGUAAGUGUAAUAAAUGCAUUAAUUAGUGAGGAACAGUACAAGGGGAAUGCGUUGUGUAUUAGCCUGUUCGGUUCACAUUGCUCCUGCCUGAACAGUCAAACAGAAGCUAUUACUAUUCAACCCUGGAUUGUCUUAGACUGUAUCAAGGUAUCAAGGGACCAGAGAUCAUUUCAAACAAAGAAAUCAUUUUCAUUAUGAUGUGAAUUAGUCUUAAAUUACUUGGGCUGCACCAUCUGCUGACAGCAUAGGUUAAAGUUUAGGCUGAAAUCCAACAGAAUUUAAGAAUGUUUGUUGUGUUACUUUGCAUAGUAUUUUAUAUGGAAGACAGGAGUACAUAUAUCUCACAAGAAGGCUGCAUUUGCUGUCCACUACAACAACAUUAUGUAUGCUUGAGCAAUACAUGAGAAAAGCCAACACGAGUAUAUGUGUAACAUAAAAGAAAAUGUAAAUAUGCUAUUUUUGUUGAUUGUAAAUAAGAAUAUGCUGUGUUUGGAGUAACAUGGAAUUUAUUUACUGUGAAUGACAAUCUUGAAUCGUGCAUUUCCAAGCAAAAUACGAGGACUGGCAUUAAAGGAACUCAGCUAUUUUUUUAGAUAAUAAAACUAAGUAUUCUAGUAAUAUCGGACUGAAGCGUUUUUAACAUUGGGGCACAUCCCAAAUGACACUAGCACUAUGUAGUACAAUACUUUAAGCAUAAUCAAAGAGGGAAUUUAAGAAAAUGUGAUCCUGUCUUGAUCUUAUACUCUGUGUUAUCUGUUUCUUGGUUAAUGCCUGAAGAUACGUUAGCUGGCUUAGAAACCUGACAAAAUCUGACUGUGAAAAUACUACGACUGGUUUAAAGUUUGUGCACUCUGUUCCAUGCUUACCUGUGAUUACAGAACUGAGUAUAUCUGCUAAUUUAAACAUCUUCUUUGUGCUGUCCCAUGAUCCAAUCAGGUGUAAUGAUGGUGUCUUGACUCUGCCCAUCCCACCCUUUUGCUGGGUUGGUUUCUUGUCACUUAUUGACAGUAUCCUUGUAGUUGUUAUCAUAAUGAUUCAGUGCCAUAGUGCAGAUGUAUUCAGUACAUGAUUGCGAAGCAUUUUUGAGUCCAUCGUGUUCUUUGAAGACUGAAACGUGUUCCCUCUUUCUCUCAAUGCUGAUGUAUUUUUGUGCUGAAGCCUCAUUUUGGUUUGAUUAAACCUGAUGUACAAGAA